AGUGGCAGCGGGGCGGGCGGGCGCGUGGCGGCCCGGCGGGCGGGCGGGCGGCAGCGGCGGCGGCGCCAUGGCCCUGAGCAAGGGGCUGCGGCUGCUCGGGCGGCCCGAGGCGGGGGGCAGCGUCCUGCUGGAGGCGCGCGGCCGCGGGGACGGGCUGCUCUUCGAAGCCGGCACGGUGGCCACGCUCGCGCCCGCGGAGAAGGAGGUCAUCAGAGGCCAGUUCGGGAGGCUCACGGACGCCUACGGCUGCCUGGGACAGCUCCGGCUGGGGUCCGGUGACACGGCCCUGAGCUUCCUGGUUCUGGUGACGGGCUGCACGUCCGUGGGCAGGAUCCCGGAGGCUGAAAUCUACAAGAUCACGGCCACGGACUUUCACCCCCUGCAGGCGGCGGCCCGGGAGGAGGAGCGGCUCCCGGCUCUCAGGAAGAUCCUCAGCUCCGGCGUCUUCUACUUCUCCUGGCCCAGCCACGGCUUCGACCUCACCGUCCGGGCGCAGAAGCAGGGGGAUGACAGCGACGAGUGGGGGCACCCCUUCUUUUGGAACCAGCUGCUGCACCUGCCGCUGCGGCAGCACCAGGUGAGCUGCCGGGACUGGCUGCUGAAGGUCAUCUGCGGGGUGGUGGCCAUCCGCACGGUGUACGCCGCGCACAAGCAGGCCAAGGCCUGCCUCAUCUCCCGCAUCGGCUGCGAGCGCGCCGGCGCCCGCUUCCUCACCCGCGGCGUCAACGACGCCGGCCACGUGGCCAACUUCGUGGAGACCGAGCAGACGAUCUACAUGGAUGAUGGUGUGUCGUCUUUCGUCCAGAUCAGAGGCUCCGUCCCGCUGUUUUGGGAGCAGCCGGGGCUCCAGGUUGGCUCACAUCAUCUGAGGCUCAACAGAGGCCUGGAAGCCAACGCCCCUGCUUUCGACAGGCACAUGGUCCUUCUGAAGGAGCAGUAUGGGAAGCAAGUCGUCGUAAACCUGCUGGGGAACAGAGGUGGUGAGGAGGUGCUCAACAGAGCCUUCAAGAAGCUGCUCUGGGCCUCCUGCCAUGCCGGCGACACGCCUAUGAUAAACUUCGACUUCCACCAGUUUGCCAGGGGCCGGAGGCUGGAGAAACUGGAGAACCUGCUGAGGCCGCAGCUGCAGCUCCACUGGGACGACCUGGGCGUGUUCACCAGGGGCGAGCGCGUGAGCCCACGUUUCCAGAAAGGCACUCUGCGGAUGAACUGUCUCGACUGCCUGGACCGAACCAACACGGUGCAGAGCUUCAUUGCGCUCGAGGUCCUUCACCUGCAGCUCAGGAGCCUCGGGCUGAACUCCAAGCCCAUCGCCGACCGCUUCGUGGAGUCCUUCAGAGCCAUGUGGUCCCUGAACGGGCACAGCCUGAGCAAGAUGUUCACGGGCAGCCGCGCCCUGGAGGGCAAGGCCAAGGUGGGGAAGCUGAAGGACGGGGCCCGGUCCGUGUCCCGCACCAUCCAGUCCAACUUCUUCGACGGCGUGAAGCAGGAGGCCAUCAGGCUGCUGCUGGUCGGGGACGUGUACACGGAGGAGGCGGCCGACAAGGGACGGAUGCUGCUGGACAACACGGCGCUGCUGGUGACGCCCCGGAUCCUGCGGGCCAUGGCGGAGCGCCAGGCGGAGUUCACACACCACAAGCGUGUGCGCGUCGCCAUGGGCACCUGGAACGUGAACGGCGGGAAGCAGUUCCGCACCAACCUGCUGGGCACCGCCGAGCUCGCCGAGUGGCUGCUGGACUCGCCCCGGCUCUCCGACCCCGAGCCCCAGGAUGACAGCAGCCCGGCGGACAUAUUCGCUGUGGGGUUUGAAGAGAUGGUGGAACUGAGCGCGGGGAAUAUCGUCAACGCCAGCACCACCAACAGGAAGAUGUGGGGCGAGCAGCUGCAGAAGGCCAUCUCGCGCAGCCACAGGUACAUCCUCCUGACCUCGGCACAGCUGGUGGGCGUCUGUCUCUACAUCUUCGUCCGUCCGUACCACGUGCCGUUCAUCAGGGACGUGGCCAUCGACACGGUGAAGACGGGCAUGGGCGGGAAGGCGGGCAACAAGGGCGCCGUGGGCAUCCGCUUCCAGUUCCACAGCACCAGCCUCUGCUUCGUGUGCAGCCACCUGACGGCCGGGCAGUCGCAGGUGAAGGAGCGGAACGAGGACUACCGGGAGAUCACCCAGAAGCUCAGCUUCCCCACGGGAAGGAACAUUUUCUCUCAUGACUACGUGUUCUGGUGUGGCGACUUAAACUACCGCAUCGACCUCACGUAUGAAGAAGUCUUCUAUUUUGUCAAGCGCCAAGACUGGAAGAAACUUCUGGAGUUCGAUCAGCUGCGCCUGCAGAAGUCCAGUGGGAAGAUUUUCAAAGACUUCCACGAGGGCAGCAUUGACUUCGCUCCCACCUACAAGUACGACGUGGGCUCCGCCGCCUACGACACGAGUGACAAGUGCCGCACGCCCGCCUGGACGGACAGGGUGCUGUGGUGGAGGAAGAGGCACCCCUUCGACCGCACGGCUGGGGAGCUCAACCUUCUAGACAGCGACCUCGACGCGGACACCAAGGUCAGACACACCUGGUCCCCCGGGUCCCUCAAGUACUACGGCCGCGCGGAGCUGCAGGCGUCCGAUCACAGACCCGUGCUGGCCAUCGUGGAGGUGGAAGUCCAGGAAGUCGACGCGGGGGCCCGGGAGCGGGUGUUCCAGGAAGUGUCCUCUUUCCAGGGCCCCCUGGACGCCACCGUGGUCGUCAACCUGCAGCCGCCCUCCGCCGAGGAGGGGGACUUCCCCGAGGACGUGCGCGCCGAGCUCAUGCGGACGCUGGAGAGCUACGGGACGGUCGUCCUCGUCAGGAUCAACCAGGGGCAGAUGCUGGUGACGUUCGCGGACAGCCACUCGGCUCUCAGCGUCCUGGACGUGGACGGCAUGAAGGUGAAGGGCAGGGCCGUGCAGAUCCGCCCGAAGACCAAGGACUGGCUGAAGGGGCUGCAGGCCGAGCUCCUGCGGAAGCGGGGAAGCCUGGCCCCCGUGUCGCCCACCGCCAACUCCUGCCUGCUGGAGGAGGGCUUCGACCUCACCAGCUCCGACUACGAGUGCGAGGGGGACAUUCUGGAAGAGGACGAAGACUACCUGGAUGAGCUGAGCCAGCCCGUGGUCUCCGACAGCGAGCUGGGCGGGGACGACCCCUCCGAUGCCCCGGGCUCCACGGCGGCCCCCCCCAGCAAGUCGCCUGCGCUCCCCAAAAAGAAGCAGCACCCGACCUACAGAGCCCACGUCGCCGGAGGAGCCGCCCGGGCCACCGCCUGUCCACUUCACCAUCGGGCCCCCCGAGACGAGCCUGGACGCCCCUCCGCCUGCGACCGCCCCGCCCGUUCCCAAACCAAGGACGCUGCCCCCGGGGAAAGGCGCCGAGGGGCGGCCGGGCCCGGGGCCCCCGCUGCCCCUCCCGGGGGCGCCGCCUGCGCUGCCCCGGGUGCCCCCCCGGAGGAAGAAGUCCGCCCCGGCCGCCUUCCACCUGCAGGUGCUGCAGAGCCACGGCCAGCACCUCCAGGACCUGGCCCGCAGCGGCCUCCGCGGGGACUGCCCCCCGGCCCUCCCGCCGCCCGCCAGCGCCCAGGCCGCCAGCCGCAGGGAGCCUGGACCCGAGGGGGCCUCCCCGCUGGGCGACGGCCAGGACCCCUUCUGGAGCCUCCUCCAGCACGCCGGCCUGGCGAGCGGCGCCUGGCUGUGCGAGAGCUCCGAGCCCCUGGACGCGGGCCCCAGGCUCCUCCGGAGGGCGCACACGGCCCCGCUGCAGGCCAGGGGCCCGGCCCCCGAGGAGCGGCCACCGGCGCACGGGCACCCAGACCCCGGCCCCUGGGCCGCCAGCGACACGGACCGGAGGACGGUGCUGCAGGCCUUCGACCCGCUGGCGGAGACCUGACGGAGCCCGGCCGCGCCCUGCAGACCGCGGGCCUCCCUGGGGCGGUGCCCGGCGGAGAAAAGCCCGUCCUCCUCGGUGCCCCCGGGAGAGGCCUCUGUCCCUGCGCGCUCCCGCCCCCUCCUGUGCAGUUACAGAAACCGUGUCUCUCACUCCAGUAAGAUGAUGGCUCAGCCCCCGAGCUGUGACUGUUGCAGACGCACGCGGCCCGAGUUUCCGCUCGGGGCCCGGGAAGGAGCCUUCCCGGCGGGGCCUGCAUGUGGGUGUUCAAAACGGAGUUCGUGGACGACGCCCAGUUCCCUCCCGUCGAGCGUUAAGUGGCUGUUGGGCUUACGUGUGUGUGUGGUGUUCCUUCACUUCGUUUGUAUUUUACAGGUUCAGAGCCAUGGUUUGGUGCAUCGCCUGGGGGCGGAUGCGUAAAGUCAGGCUCACACGCACAGGUAGCUGGCACCACGGGGAGCCGUGCCUGACCGCCUGGCACUGGGUUAGAAUCGUCAGAGAGAGGCAGCAGAGAGGUCAGCCCGGUAACCGGGCUGCCCAUCCCCGGGGGGUUAUGUAUGUGCGUGUCCCUGUGAGCCUUGACCGUGCCGGGACGGGGUCUGUGCCUCUGGGGGCCUGAAGCAUAUGCCAUCCGCUUACCUGAGCUUCACCCGCUCCACACGCCCGUGUCCUGUCUCAGGUGUGCACGCUCCGUGCCCUGCUACAGCCCUGAUCCUGGUGUGCUGUGUACACCAGUGUUUACACGCCGUCUAGCCCCCUUUGAAGGAAACCUUGUGAGUUCGUUUCUUCCCUUAAAUUCCCUACCUGGUAAACGCACAAAUGGGAGAACGCCUUCUGGGCAUGCCAUGGGUCCUCGGUCACGGUAAUG